AUGACAGUGGCCACCGGAGACCCAGCGGACGAGGCUGCUGCCCUCCCUGGGCACCCACAGGACACCUACGACCCAGAGGCCGACCACGAGUGCUGUGAGAGGGUGGUGAUCAACAUCUCGGGGCUGCGGUUUGAGACCCAGCUGAAGACCUUAGCCCAGUUCCCAGAGACUCUCUUAGGAGACCCAAAGAAGCGGAUGAGGUACUUUGACCCCCUGCGAAACGAGUACUUUUUCGAUCGGAACCGCCCUAGCUUUGACGCCAUCCUCUACUAUUACCAGUCUGGGGGCCGGCUGAGGCGACCCGUGAAUGUGCCCUUAGAUAUAUUCUCAGAAGAAAUACGAUUUUAUGAGCUGGGGGAAGAAGCAAUGGAGAUGUUUCGGGAAGACGAAGGCUACAUCAAAGAGGAAGAGCGGCCUCUGCCUGAAAAUGAGUUUCAGAGACAGGUGUGGCUUCUCUUCGAAUACCCAGAGAGCUCAGGGCCCGCCAGGAUUAUAGCUAUUGUAUCUGUCAUGGUGAUCUUGAUCUCCAUCGUCAGCUUCUGCCUGGAGACCUUGCCUAUAUUCCGGGACGAGAACGAAGACAUGCAUGGCGGGGGAGUGACCUUCCACACCUAUUCCAACAGCACCAUUGGGUACCAGCAGUCGACUUCCUUCACCGACCCUUUCUUCAUUGUGGAAACGCUCUGCAUUAUUUGGUUCUCCUUCGAGUUCCUGGUGAGGUUCUUUGCCUGUCCCAGCAAAGCCGGCUUCUUCACCAAUAUCAUGAACAUUAUCGACAUUGUGGCCAUCAUCCCCUACUUCAUCACCCUGGGGACGGAGCUGGCGGAGAAGCCAGAGGAUGCCCAGCAGGGCCAGCAGGCCAUGUCGCUGGCCAUCCUCCGUGUCAUCCGGUUGGUAAGAGUCUUUAGGAUUUUCAAGCUGUCCAGACACUCCAAAGGUCUCCAGAUCCUAGGUCAGACCCUCAAAGCCAGCAUGAGAGAAUUAGGCCUCCUGAUAUUCUUCCUCUUCAUUGGGGUCAUCCUCUUCUCUAGUGCUGUCUAUUUUGCUGAGGCCGAUGAGCGAGACUCCCAGUUCCCCAGCAUCCCGGAUGCCUUCUGGUGGGCAGUCGUCUCCAUGACAACUGUAGGCUAUGGAGACAUGGUCCCAACUACCAUUGGGGGAAAGAUCGUGGGUUCCCUGUGUGCGAUUGCAGGUGUGUUAACCAUUGCCUUACCAGUCCCCGUCAUAGUGUCCAAUUUCAACUACUUCUACCACCGGGAGACAGAGGGAGAGGAGCAGGCCCAGUACUUGCAAGUGACAAGCUGUCCAAAGAUCCCAUCCUCCCCCGACCUAAAGAAAAGUAGAAGUGCCUCGACCAUUAGUAAGUCCGAUUACAUGGAGAUCCAGGAGGGGGUGAAUAACAGUAAUGAGGACUUCAGAGAGGAAAACUUGAAAACGGCCAACUGCACUUUGGCUAAUACAAACUAUGUGAAUAUUACCAAAAUGUUAACCGAUGUCUGAUUGCAACCUAUUAACAUACUCCCAGCUCAAUGGAACUAAAUGCAGAUAUUGCAUAAUAGCCUGCAUUGUAGUCAGUCUGUUCCUCAGUGUGUAUCUGGUUCUGCAUGGAAAGCAAUAGUCGUGCAAGUGACUUUUGAUCUUUUGAUUUUUGAUUUAGAACACAGAAUAGCUAUCCAUGGCUUUCAUGCGAAUCUUUAUCACCGGCUUAGGGGUUUCCAAAGAUGGGAAUCGCCUAUGGAGCCAGGAUUUUGAGGCCACCUCACAGCACAUACAUAACAUGAGAUCCACCUUUCCUUCCUGAUUAAAGGCACACAGUAUUCAGGAGAUGCAUCCCCACCCAUCUGAGCCCACCUGCACAGAGGAGAACCAUGGUGGCUUAGCUUUAAAGUGCUGGUAAUACCUGAGAGGCCA